AUGAAAUCGACAGUGGAAACCAUAAUCGACAAUGGUAGUAAAAUCAAACGUAGAAAGUUCAGCAUCCAAGAGAACUCGCCGAAAAACUCGCCGCCGAAAAGCUCGCCCAGGAGGCCGAGGAGCUCGCCUGGUAAAAGGAAUCCAAAGAGAGAACGAUAGAGAUGUACAGAUCCGUGGAGAAUUACGAAAAGAUCAUGGCAGAGGGCAGGGCAAGACAAAAUACAGAAUUCGCCUUGAAAGAAAGUCGAAGGGAUUGGGCACGGGAAGAAGCCGCGAAGAUGCCACACCUACCGAAGUUUCAGAACAAGGAUCAUGAGAACGCCUACAUGAAUUACCUUUGGACGAUACAUCAUCCGGAUCAACCACGGCGAACCUAUGCUCAAGAUGCCUACCCUGAGCCCUGGCAAGAUCGUGAAUAUACAGAUCGUUUCGGUUACCUUAGCCAUGUCCCAAAACCAAAAGGCGGGUGGCCGGAAUACAGGUAG